CCUAGGACAAUAUCAACAUCAAAAAAUUCACUUUACAACUCUUCUAUACUGUUAAAUCAUCGACAAUCGUUUAACAUAGGAAUAUCUUAAUUACCAGUACACUCUCGCAAGUGGCCAUUCUAGAUAUGUUAGUAUCCUAAGAUAAUUCCAAAAGCUCAACACCAACUGACUGACCCACCACAGCUCAUACAACCGUCCACUUCCGCCGACUUCAUCCGAACCACACGUCCACGACCUCAUCAUGGGCACCCAAAUGCCCGGAUCCUUCAAAACGCCCACCGCAGAGUCCAACUCAGACUCGGACGAGCCGCUAACUAUGGCCCUACGUCCCCGCCUCCGGGCCCGCCUCGAAGACGGUCAAAUCCUACCUACACGUCCCCACCCUCGUCCACGUUCCCAACCCAGCCAGCUUACUCCCACCACCCCACGCAGGCCUCUCCCGAACAGUCCCAUCAUCCCAUCCAUGCCCAGUACUCCCGUCCUCGGCCCCGUCGAACACGCACUCCGCCUCCCGCCCGCUCCAGAUUAUGGACUCGGGCCCCGGAACAGCCCUAUUAUCAGGAGCAAUACACCCACCACGGGCCUUCCUUCGGCCGUGGCGUCGCACCCUAGAGCUCAUCUGUACAUGGGAGUUUUAGCAGAUACAGAAUUUGCGACGUUUGAGGAAUAUCAAGCUGCGCAGAGGGAUAGGCAGAGGAGGAAUCCGGCGCUGGCACAGUUGGGACGCACGUUAAGAAGGUUUAGGAGGAGUUCUAGGGGUGAGCCGAUGCGAGUUUCGGCGAUUAGGAGGACGAGUGGUAUGGAGAUGCAGAGGGCGGGGACCCAGAGGGCGGAGGUGGAGGCGGACGAUGGUUGGGUCCAUGUUGAGAGGCCGGAGGAGCCUCAGUCUGAGAAUUCGUUGGUGUUCGUCUCCCGUGCUUGCGCAUAGUGUUACUAAUUUACAUGACAGUCGACGUACUCAGAGCAUGACGCAGCAUGAGGAGGGCGAGAGCUCGAAGGGAGGAAUAAAGUGGAAGAGAAAUUAGACAGAGGGGUUGUGCAUCAAGUACUAUCAUUAUAGAGGCACCGUGGUGUGGUGUAUGCUGAUCGUCAUUCCAGCGACGCGUUAAAUAUCUUUCUUUGUUCAGGCAGCGAGCUUUCAGGGUCAGGACUCAGGG